CACAAUUUCCCAAAACCGAGUAGUUCAUCAAUUGACAUAGACGAUCUUUAGUAGUGCUGUUUCGUGUGACGCGGCUCAGUGGCAGUCAGGCAGUCUGACUGACACACGUCGCACCGCUACGCUCCGAGAGAAAUAUCACCGCAGCACAAAGGCUGCCGAGUCGCCGAGGCCGGUUUCCAGCGUGGACGAUGCCCGUGUCCAGCCACUGCCAAACAACUGUGCCGCGCAGUCACUCGACAACCCCCUGAGGGGCCGGAUGGCCUGGAUGACAGGACACCAUGAGUAUCCAGAGUCUGGGUGGAGCUUUAGGAGAGUCCCUGGGCUCUAGUCUGACGGUACGUAUGAGCGGAGCAGCCGGCGGUUGGAGUGCCCUCUCCCUGAAACCCGCGUCGUCCGGACGGAUCGCCUCUCUGUUUCAGACCAUGGUGCCCACCGGUUACGCCAAGCUGCAGGAGGAGCGGCUGGCCAUGGUGGACCUCGGCGCCAAGCCGGAGGCCGGCUCGCACCAGAAUGGCUACAGACAGGAGACAUCUCACGUGGAGAGCCGGCGGCACCUGGACCGGGCGUCGCGGUCUUCCGUGACCAUGUCGGACUGUGGCGACGGAGGCUUCUCUGAAACCGAGCCCAUGCUGGCGGAGAGGAGGCUCUCCGGGGAGCAGGCCGAUGAGGAGGAGGAGGAGGAGGAGGAGGAGGCGGCGGCGGCGGCGGCGGGGCACGGGCCUGCUGGGCAGAACAUGCCCAAGGAGUCCCCGCUGGCUAUGGCACUGCAGAUCCUGCUGCCUUUCCUUCUAGCCGGAUUCGGAACCGUAUCAGCCGGCAUGGUGCUGGAUAUUGUGCAGCACUGGGAGGCGUUCCAGUACAUCACUGAGAUCUUCAUCCUGGUUCCCGCUCUGCUCGGCCUCAAGGGAAACCUGGAGAUGACUCUUGCCUCCAGGCUGUCCACGGCGGUGAAUGUGGGCAAGAUGGAUUCUCCAAUAGAGAAGUGGAAUCUAAUCAUAGGCAACCUGGCACUGAAGCAGGUUCAGGCAACUGUGGUGGGUUUCCUGGCGGCUGUUGCAGCUGUGGUUCUUGGUUGGAUUCCAGAGGGGAAGUUCCAGAUGAGCCACGCUGUGCUGCUGUGCUCCAGCAGCGUGGCCACGGCCUUCAUUGCCUCCCUGCUGCAAGGUAUCCUCAUGGUGGGUGUGAUUGUGGGUUCAAAGAAGACGGGCAUCAACCCAGACAACGUGGCCACACCCAUUGCCGCCAGUUUUGGUGACCUCAUAACUUUGGCGAUCCUGGCCUGGAUAAGUCAGGGCCUCUACAAGUGCCUGGAUACCUACCCAUAUGUGUCGUCACUGGUCUGCGCUUUCUUCAUGUGUCUGACUCCUCUGUGGAUCGUCAUCUCCUCCAAACACCCAGCCAGCCGCACCCUGCUGUACUCCGGAUGGGAGCCAGUCAUCACUGCCAUGGUCAUCAGCAGCAUUGGAGGACUCAUCCUGGACAAAACAGUGUCUGACCCAAAUCUGGCUGGCAUCGUGGUGUACACCCCGGUGAUCAACGGUAUCGGGGGUAACCUGGUGGCUAUUCAGUCCAGCAGGAUCUCCACUCACCUGCACUUCCACUGCGCUCCUGGGGAGGUUCCUGACGAGGCCAAGGGCUGCUACUACCCCUGCCGUACAUUCUGUGGUACAGGAGCCAAUCACAGGUCUGCUCAGGUGCUCAUCCUUUUGGUGAUCCCAGGUCACCUAAUCUUCCUCUACACCAUCCACCUGAUGAAGAGCGGCCACACAACCUUGACACCCAUCUUUAUGUCUGUCUACCUGGCUGCUGCUAUGCUUCAGGUGUUGCUGUUGUUGAGUAUUGCAGACUGGAUGGUGCACUCCAUGUGGAGGAGCGGCAAAGACCCAGACAGUUUUUCCAUCCCUUACCUGACCGCUCUGGGUGAUCUGUUGGGCACCGCCCUGCUGGCUCUCAGUUUCCAUUUCCUGUGGCUCAUAGGAGACCAGGACAGCGAUGUGGGCGACUGAGGCAACGGCGGCGCAAACGAUGACCCUACUUCCUGCCAGCCGACUUCUCACGCCUUUAAGCCUUGUGGGAAUGUGGGUGCUCUCGCUCACUGGCCGGCACAUUCCAUCGCUUCCCAUACUGGAUGAAAAAUCUCUUAAACCACUUGAUGGUUCAUAAACUAUUUUCUGCUCCUGGCUUUCUUUUUCUACACACUUAAUCAUCAUCAUCAUUUGCACCUCAGCACACGCAUAUUAUAUUGCUGGUUUUGUUAAAACGAGCAGGAAGACACCAGCUGAGGAGUCUACUCUGCCAGAUAAGUAUAGGCUUGAUUUCUUUCCCCCCCCCAAAAAAAAAUAUUUUUAGCUGCAAUAUGUUUUGGGGAUUUGCCAACCACAGUGUCACAACAUUUGUUUGUCAGUGGAGGGACACAGACAGCUGGGGUGAAGCCUGUUGUAAUUUAGUUUCAGUUGAUUCAACCUUCCUCCCAGUGAAUCAACUCUGUUCAUUCUCAACAGAGAAAAAGUCAAAUGAUUUCCUUCCAAGUGAAUGAUGUUUACAUAGGAAAAAUACAACUAAUUGUCAAGAUAAAUGGAUAAUGUUAAAGUGAAAUCUCAUUUAAUUAAAGUGUAAAAGUAUCUUUCCCGCCUGACAGCCAGCACUGCACCGAACCAGGCAAGACGCAGUUGUUGAGAAUUUGUUAAACCCUGCUACCAAAAAGUGAAUGUCCAAUCAUUGCUUAGCAGUUGUACUUGGGUGUCGGGCCUGUCUGUGCAGCUUCACUUGGAUUUGUCCACAUGUUGAAGCUGUUUGCAUGGGGCUGUAAAACACACAGAAGCCAUAGGAAUGGAUUUAAUAGUGGGUUUCAUCUACUCUAACAUUAGCAUAUCCAGCCAACUAGCUCAUUGCCCACAGUGGUAACUGAACCUUACCUCCAAGGCUAAGGGGCACAUCACGAGCUAACCACGUUUGUCUAUAGGGCUACAGAUGACGUUAAAAGAGCCCUGUUGCACAGCCACAAUAAAAAAAAUGCCCCACCCUAUGUGGGAACUGUCAUGGAAUACUUGAUUUGAAGAAGUUUACAUUCCAGCGACCCCCAGCCCCUUUCAGAUUGUUACAUUUGCCAAUAUUAGUCCUCUCAUCCCAAAACCCCUUUCACUACACUGGUGGUAUAUAUUAACAGGAUUGUGUUAGAAUUGAAGACAUUUUCCCUUAUCAUACAAACUAUCUCUUUUGUGUAAUACAAGAACAAUGCUGGUUCUACACGGAUCGUCAUCUGGUGAUGACACAGUUUGCCUACCAUACGAUGUAUGUAUCCAUAAAGUUCACCAUCGAUGACAGGUUUAGAAAAACAGGAACUAAGGGUAUCAGUCAGCAGAGACAUUCACGUAAUUUAUCUUCACAGAGGUUCAUCUGUUAUAUUCUGUCAAUGUUAAUACACAAAUGUUGAAUCAUGUUUGCACACCGAUCACAGGCUGUUUACAUCUAUGUGUCGUGUCUAACUGUAUGCACACAAUUAAUUAGUAGAUUUCAUGUCCCUUCUAUGUGAAUUCAAUUUAUAUCUGACUAAUAUUAUAACUUAUUCUGAUUCAACAGCAGAAUUCUGCAGAAUAAUCCAUUUUCUUAUUGUAAUAAUUCAGCAGCCUAUUAUGUGGCUCUCUUCAACUCCAAUAUGUGCCUCUUGAGAUUCACAGAUUGACGAGGUAUUUCUCUCCGUCAUGCCAUUAAUGCAAAUUUCUUUCUACAACAUUGUAAUACAGAGCAAUGACAUGAUCUUUUUGUACUCACUUUCAGUUGUACGACAGUGAUGUUUUUUUGUUUGAGGAGUUUCAUUCCAUUUUAAUUAUUAGCUUGAAAGUACUUAUAAAUAUCAUGAAAGGUGUCAGAUUCUCUGGGGCAACAUACAUUGUUUUAAAAGUUUAUAUUUUUUUCUUUCGGAAUGAAACCUUUUCAUUGCUUUGUGGCUCACAUGAGCUGAUAAUGUCAAAAUAAAUAUCCUUCAACUGUA